AUGUCAAGCAUCAAAGGACCCAAUUCUUCAAAUGAAUUUAGUCGAAUUCUUUAUGAUAUUGAUGUGGUCGCUAUAUGGAAGCCUGAUGAUGAACAGUUAACUGAUCAGGAGACUUCUUAUGCCAGUGGAAGUGGCACUGAUCCUUCUUACUCGCAAUUUCCAAGGCGUGUUUUCAAACAUGUCAAAUAUCGACUAGUGCGUAGCUUAGAAGGGCUAGUUAUUUCUACUACUGUUCCUCCUGCUCUACUACAAACAAAACCUGACUUCACAAGUGAGUGGCUAAUGCAACUAUCUCCGAAUGGUCAAUAUUUGGCUGUUUUACAGGAACAUAAAUUAGAAAUUAGAACAAGCAAGAGUGGGUUUGAAACUAAUCAUGCUAUUUUUCAUUCUAAAAGAGAAGCUUUCCCAAAAUGGAGAAGAAUUGCUUGGAGUUUAGAUUCAAAAAUUCUUGCCACUUCAAGAAGUGAUGGUACAAUUGAAAUAAUUGAUGAAAAUGGCCACUUAAUCUAUUCUAUUUCUCCCAGUUUAAAUGUGAACACUGAAACAAAUAAAGACCUCCAAAAUCAACCACAAUCACAACAACAAGCUAGUUCUUCUUCAAGUUUUUUCCUAGAACCUGUAGCUUUUUUAGCAUUUGUUGAUCCCAAACGUGGCUCCAACAAACAAUUUUUUAAUUAUGAAGGUUAUCAUUACAAACAUGAACUAUUGGUCAUCACUUAUGAUGGUAUUUUACGCAGUUAUCUACUUAAUAGUCCAGAUGAUUUAAUGCCUUCAAAUUCUCAUCAUUAUGUAAAAAAAACUAACAUGACUUAUUCAUGGGAGGGUUCCUCGGAUCCUGGAUAUUUUGUUUUUUAUCACAAAUAUUCUUUUAAAAAAUGGUUGUCUACAAUUGGAAAUAGUAGUGUUGAAUCUUCCUCUGUUACUUGUUGGGUAAUGUUAUCAGAUAGACCUUAUUAUCGUAGAUUAGAAUUGGAAGGAACCAUUGAUGAUUCUGCAGAUGACAUAUCCAAUUUGAGUCAAGGGGUAAUUGAUACAGGGUUAUUUUCCCGAAUACAAAGUAUUUUUGUAACUUGGGGCAAGAGAAAUAAAAAUUUCACUGAUAAAAUAAUCCAUAGCAUGAUACUUUCACAUGAUCAACAGAAACUUUUAACGUUGGAUUUUUCUGGUUGUGUAAAAUUAUGGAAAGUUUCUCAUAGUAAAGGCGUAGAUCUUUGUCAUUCAUGGAAUCAAACUGAACUUAAUUAUUUUGCUAGAAGCAGAGAAUACAAAGAUCUUUCAUAUGAACAAUUUAUUAAAAAAAUUUCAGAUAUUGAAUGUGAAGGUGGUAAUGUAUCUGGAAUUUCCGGUUUGGAUAAUGGCAAGGUAUUUACAAUAGGUUGGUGGACAAAUGAAGCAAUCAUAUUAGGAUAUCAGCAUGGCUCAUUAAUUAUUGCCAGCCUCCCUGACAUGUAUAAUAUAUUAGGUGAUUCUCCCGAGUCAUUUAAAUCAUGUCUAGAAAUUGCAUGCCAGUCUGGCAAUCGAUUUUUGGUCAUCGAGCAUGAAUUUAAAACAAUUAGAGCACGUGUUCAUGGUGAUAAUGUGAUAUCAUAUUCAAGAGCACAAGAAGAAGGUGUACCAGAUGAAGAUGAGUUUGAUGAUUCAAAAUCAUAUUUAUUGCAAAUUUUACGUACAAUCACCGACUCACUUCAUUAUAUCACUGAUACACUUUUAUGGCAUUUUGAGAGUGAUUCUUCAACAAUUCGUGGUAAGUUUAUUACAAUUUCCAAAAGGACAUUUAGGCUCAAUCGAAUAUCCAAAAUUUUACCACAAGAACUUCUACAUCGUAAAAUAAAUGCACUUGAAUAUGAUGAUGCUUUGAAAAUUGCAGAAACAUAUAAUUUAGACACUGAUAUAAUUUAUCAGGCUCGUUGGCGUGAUUCUGACAUAUCAGAAAAUUCUAUUCAUGAUUAUCUCGACAAAAUACAUGAUUGGGAAUGGGUACUUUCCACAUGUAUUAAUAGAAUACCUAAAACUCCUGAUAUGAUUCGUAAUUUGUUGAAAUAUGGCUUGGAUCAUACAGAUAUUUUAGAUGAGAUGUUUUCCAUAGACUCCAUCAACAAAAAUUCUGAAUCUAAAUUGGAAUUGAUUAAAAAAAAUUUACGAGAAAAACCUAUUAAUUUAGACAGUAGCAUGGAAGAGGAGAUCGUGUCAAAAAUAAAAUUUUCUGAUAAUCAUAUUUUAAUAUGCCGAUAUAGAUUUUAUUUUUUGAAAUUUCUCGAUAGGCUACACACUUAUGAAGAUAUAGUGGAAGAAAAAAAAAGGUUAAAUAUUGAAAAUGGAUUAAUGGAUGCUUUAGAAGAAAAUGGUAAUUGGGUAGCAUUUGUAGAUUAUUAUUCAAAAUUUGCAGAAGACUAUGCUUCAUUUCGAGAAGGAGAUAUUAAUAUAAAAGCAAUUUUGUUUGCACAAGAUGAAUUUUUUAAAGGAUUACAUAUUUUGUUUACUCGGCAUGGUUCUGAAAUUUUACCAUAUCGUUUCAAUGUUCUUGAAAAUAUUCCCGAGACAGCAGAUCCUGAUGAUUAUGAAAGUUUUUUGCCAAGUAUGGUGACCAUUGAUAAUAAAGAACCUAUUGAAAAGUUAUGGGAUGAAAAACCAUGGAGAGAAGCAGAUUGGGUUGAAAAUCCUAUAAUAAAAAAAAAAUUUUUUUUUGAAGAACAAGUUGAAGAUGACUUGGGAGUGGCUUUAUUAAAACCGAUCGCAUAUCCAGCACCAUCUUCGAUAAUAACUCAAUGGUAUAUUGACAGAGCACACAAAAUCGAUAAAAUUUCUGGUCAAGUUGACAAAGCCUUGACAUUUAUUCAUCAUGGGAUUAGUAAAGGUGUCAAAGGAUUAGAAACAAUAGAAGAAAAUCUUGGAAUGUUAUCCAAUCUUGUUUAUGAAUGUUAUCCGGAAUUAGAAUCUAUUGGGAAUAUUAUGACAUUAGAAGAAUUUGAAGCAUUAUCUGAAUAUGAUAUUAUCCAAGCGUUUCUCAAGCAUACAAAUGAACUUCGAAUCAUAGACGAUGUUAAAAAAUUUGUUAUACCUUUUUUAAAUUUGUUGCCUAAACGUCAAGCACGUCAAAAGAUUCAUUCGAUUGAUGGUGAUGAUAAUAAUAAACAUAUUGUUAGAUUUGAAAAGCCAAUUGAAUUAUUAUAUGAUUAUAUAUUGGAAUUGUCAUCAACACGUCUAGAUUUGGUUCAACUUAUUUUUGAAGCCUCGAUGCCAGUAUUAGAUGAGGAUGAUAGGAUUAUUAAAUCAGAUAUUGAUUUAGCUAGUGUUGCAUUAUCAGUUAUAUACGGUAAUCCAAAUGUUAAUCAAUGGGAAGUAAUGAAAAAUAUUCAUGGAUAUCUUCCAUAUUUUGAAUAUUUUGAAAUGGAUGAUUGUGAUUCAGAUUGUGUUGAUGAUAUUAAAAAUAUAAAGAAUUUUGUACCGAAAGAGUUAUUUACUAUUUUUAAAAAACUAGAUGAAAAAAAUUUGCAGCUAAUGAUCAAUUAUUUAGAAAGUCAUUUGAACGCAGCAGAAAUUUUUUCACGCUAUAAUAAUUCAGUAGAUAUGAAAUGGUUUUUGCAAAGUAAAGAUGACUACAAAAUGCAAAAACAAUUGUGUGUAAGAUUAGCACGUAAAACAGGGGAGAUUAAAGUUGGUAAUGAUACAAAUAAUAGUGAUGGAGAUAAGUGGAAAUUAUUGUUAGAAGAAAUGAUAAAGCUACAAGGUAAAGGAGGAGUUUUAGAAAAAAUAAGUAUCGAAGAAAUUUAUAAAGAAUUUGCUUCAGGACUAUUAAGUAGUGGCAGGUUUCGAUUUGCGCAAGAAAUAUUAUUGCCAAGCGAUAAAACACCACCUUUAGAAGCGGAUGUGGCCGAGAAACUUGUUGUUGAUGCAUCAAGAGAAUUUUUUGAUAACGCGACUACAGGAAACAAAAACCAAGGAUACAUGAAAAUGGCAUAUGAAUGUUUACAAAUUUUACCAAAAACCAAAGCCAUAAGUUUAGAAAUGGAAUUUAUAGAGGCAACGCAUAUAUUAACAGAAAAUAAAGUUCAACAUCAAGCAGGAAUACCGCUUUUACCAAUGCAAAUCCGACUGUCGACAAAUCGAUUAGAAUUGAUCUCAAGGUUAUUAAGCGUAAAUGAAAAAGCAUAUUUAGAGAUAGAGACAAUUAUGGAAUUAGCAAGUAAAUUAGGAUAUAAGAAUGACAAAAUAGCAGAAGUUAAAGUGAUGGCAAUGAUAGCAGACUCUGCACUAAGAGAUGUUAACUUUAGCGUAGCAUAUCAAAUGUGCAUUGAAUUGAUUGAUAUUGCUAAAGGGAUUAUCAAUAAAAAAUACGAUAAUGAUAAUGAAGUUAUUAGGUCAGUUAAAGAUGUUUCAUGGAGAAUUUGUUAUGAGGUAGCUAAACAAGAUAACUUUGCAGAUCUGGAAAAACAAAUGUCAUUAAUGGGAUAUGCAUUGACCAUGUGCCCUAAAGAGCAAAUAGCAGAUAUUCUUAAUUUAUGGAGAAAGAUUGAUUCUGAAUAUCAGAAUUAUAAAAUGGAAAAAAUCAAAUUAUCAGAAAAAUAUUUAACAGAAAAAAUCAAACCAGCAGUUGUAGCAGCUGAGGCUGUUGAAUCGGUAUUGAUUGCACCAUUAUUACAGGGAGAUAGAAUAAAAAAUUUAGUCAGUGGAUGGUUUGGUUCAUGA